AUGUCGGAAAAGACAAAGUCAGAAGAUAAAAACCAGUCUUACCUAGGAGCCAUGGGAGGUCUUCUCAACCCGUUGAACAUAAAUUCAAGCAACAUGCCAUUAGAAUGGAAAAAUUGGCUCACCCAACUUAAAAUAUAUCUUCGUGCCAACAUGUUAGAAGACAGCAAGGACAACAGGAAGGUAGCUAUUCUGUUGCAUCACAUAGGCAGAGACGCCUUGAAUAUAUUUUAUUCAUUUGGCCUUGACAUCGACACUGUCACUUUCAAAGACCUUAUCCAACAUUUUGAAAAACAUUUCUUGCCGCAAAUCAACGUCACAAUAGAGCGCCAUAAGCUGUUCAACAGGCGACAAGGAGAUGAUGAGUCGAUUGAGCACUACAUAACAGAUCUUAAAAACAUAGCCAGUCAGUGUGAAUUUAAAAACCAAGAUGACAUUCUCCGCGAUAUCUUUAGUUGGAAUCUCAAUGCAAACAACCAAUUUAUUAAAGAGAGAAUUCUUCAAGAAAAGCCACAGACAUUAGACAAAGCAAUUGAGAUAGCGAAGCACCAGGAAGCUUCUAGAAAACAAGCCAAGAUGUUAGAAAGUACACCUACAGCCACAAUUAGUGAAGUUAGUAGAAAAGCAAGGACACAACAGGCAUCCAGGUCAAGACACACAUCUAGAACAAGACAGACAUCCCAGCUGAGACAAGACAGUCAAUCAAGACAACCUUCACGGAACAGGCAACCGGAGAACAAGAGAUAUGGCAAUAAUAAAGAAAUUUGUAGCCGUUGUGGUCAAGUUCACCGCUAUAGAUGUCCAGCCAACGGAGUCCAAUGCAAAAUAUGUAAGAAAUACAACCAUUUUGCAGUCAUGUGCAGAUCGAGAAGGACUAUCCGUGCAGUAACACAAGAAAAUAUCAAACCUGAAAGCAAUGAAGACCAAUAUUUUAUAGGAACACUGAAGUGCGAAGAACAAGAUGACAAGUGGAUGGCGGAUAUUGUAAUUAAUAGUCAAACCAAUUCACAGGACAUUAUUGAGAAAAAUAGAGACCUCUUUGAAGGUCUGGGCUGUAUCCGUGAUUUAGAGGUUAAUCUUACCUUGAAACCUGAUAUAACUCCUUCAGUCGACGUGUGCAGACGCGUGCCUCUACAGCUACAAAAUCCUCUAAAGGAAGAGCUAUUGUCAUUAGAGAAAAGUGGUGUGAUAAAACGUGUCGAAGAACCAACCGAAUGGAUGCAUCUAAAGACGCCCUGGGAGCAGUCUUGUCACAUGGAAAUCAGCCAA